CAACUGAGACACAGAGGAGUGCAGACACCAUUUGAUCCGUGCUGUGCAUCUGGAUUGAGAGCAGUCUGGAAUUCUUCCUGUAAAAUGAGCCUGCUGCAAACAAGCUCCCCCAUCAACUUCAGCACCACAGCUGGAUAUGAAGACCAAAAUACCAGGAAUGGCAGCCAGUGUCUUCCUGAAAAAAUGGGGGAAUGGAUUUUCACUGUGUUUCCUGUCUACAUCGUGCUCAUCUCAGUCUUUGGGAUUGUGAUGAAUGUGUUUGUCCUGGCGGUUUUCUGCCUCCACAGGAAGGCCUGCACUGUGGCUGAGAUCUACUUAAGCAACCUUGCUGUGGCUGACCUUGUUGUAGUUGCUCUUUUGCCCUUCUGGGCAGUCUACACAGCCAACCGCUUUGGUUGGCCUUUCUCUGCUCCCCUGUGUAUACUGGUCAACCUCUCCAUCAGCAUGAAUGCCCUCUGUAGCAUAAACUUCCUUGUCAUGAUCAGCAUAGAUCGCUAUUUGGCUCUGGUGCACCCACUAUCAGAUACAAAAAUGCGCAGGCCAAGAUAUGCUAAACUUUGCUGUGUGCUGAUGUGGUGCAUUGGUUUGCUGAUGAGUGUGCCUCAAAUGUACAGAAAGAUUGAAUAUAUAAGCAGUUCAAAUAAAACACUGUGCUCUGUUGUCUUCCCAGACGAAAACGCAUUGAAAGUGUAUGAAGUGUUCCUGACCAUGCUCAACUUUAUCAUCCCCGUUUCUAUUAUCUCCUUCUGCACCGCCAUGAUAGUUCGAGUUCUGAAUAAACGGAUAAGCGCCAAGAAAAAAGAACUGAAGGCCAGCACUCUGAUGUUCACAGUCCUGGUGGCGUUCCUGAUCUGCUGGGUGCCAUUCCAUGUGGUUAGGAUUAUGGGCUUACUUGAGAGAUAUGGAGGCACUGGGUACUAUGGCCUGUGUGUUUUAGACACCUGGAGGCAGAUCUGCAUCAACUUAGCCUUCUUCAACAGUGUUCUCAACCCUGGCCUGUAUGUCGUCGUAGGACAGAAUUUCCGGAGGAAAGUCAGGGAAAUGUUCAACCAAUGGCACAAGAGAAUGAACUCCACCAUCAUAUCCAGAACGAUGCAUACGAGUAUUAGACUCGAAAGGGAGUCACGCUUAAGCCGCGCAAAGACUGAGGGCUUGGGGGCUUGACUUGGAUUCAUUUAAUUCUGUUGCACUGCCAGUAACAGCCACGUGUCAUUCCCUCACAUCACCUGUAACCCACCACAUCUGAAGCAUUGCACACAGUGCACACAUGAUGGAGCUGAUCGCCUGAGAUACUGAAGGUUCAAGAGGAGUACUUUUCCUUUCAAAAGCCCUGUAUUAAUGUCACACACAGUAUACUGUCAUUAUUUCCAGUUUCCCCCACUUUACUGUUCUUUCCCCUACUUCAUGCACACAGCCUUUCACAGUUACAGCAGAUGAAAUAACAGGAGGAACUCUUUUGGGAAAUAGAGGAGUAAUAAGUCAGCAUCUGCUGUAAUUUUUAACCUCUUAGACCGGUGUUGUCAUGACAUGUCAUGACAAGAGGAGACAUUUCUUAUUCAAAGGUAAAUAACUUUUGAACCGCAGAUCAUAGCCACUUACUUGUUUUGUCCUCUAAAAAUCCCUCCCUUGUGCCAUUCUAAUGACACUAUCCAUGCCUUCGUAGCAGUUACGGAAAUUUUUCCAGUGACCCUGGUACUUGGCUGACUUUCUGGUGUCUUUAAAAAUUUAAUCCACACAAGUAACUUCGAUAUUGGACGUCUUUUAAUCCAUUUAAAAUCAAUUUUUCGAUCAUUCCUGCAGCUAGCAGGUUAGCUUGGCUUCAUAUUGUCUGUUUGUAUCCCAGAAUGCAUUGUGACUGGGCUGUGACAACCAAUGGCAGGCUGUCUGGUCAUCACGUCACGUUUUGCCGAGCAGCCCAUGUGCACAGCCGUUAAAAUGAGAGGAGAGAGCCUGGAUGACUCACGAUGAGAGAAAAAAGACACAGAGGAGCUGUGAGUCACUGCAGACAGAAACAGUAUUAAAUGACUCAAAUUCCCAGGAGUGUAUGGACAGUUUUUGUAGCAAUGUAAAUAUAUAUAUAUAUAUAUAUUCUUUUUAGAUUUUUAUUUUUGGGCAUUUAGUAGAGAGGGGGACAGUGGAUAGAGUCGGAAACAGGGUCAAGAGUGGGGGAGAAACA